AUGGUCAAAGUUUCCACCCUCCUUGCCGGCGCCGGCGUCGGCGUUGCCUGCGUCGCCGCGGCCCCCACUGAGCUCGCCGAGCGCGCCAGCUGCACCUUCACCGACGCCGCCUCUGCCAUCAAGGGCAAGGCUUCCUGCUCCACCAUCACCCUCAACAACGUCGCCGUCCCCGCCGGCACCACGCUGGAUCUCACAGGCCUAAAGUCCGGCACUUCGGUCGUCUUCCAGGGCACCACCUCCUUCGGCUACAAGGAAUGGGAAGGCCCUCUAAUCAGCGUGUCCGGCACCAACAUCCAGGUCUCAGGCGCGUCCGGCCACGUCAUCGACGGCAACGGCGCCAAGUGGUGGGACGGCAAGGGCAGCAACGGCGGCAAGACGAAGCCCAAGUUCUUCUACGCCCACAGCCUCAAGGGGACCUCGUCCAUCAAGGGCCUGAACGUCAAGAACACGCCGGUGCAAGCCUUCAGCAUCAACUCCAGCUCCGGCCUGACGCUCGACUCCAUCACCAUCAACAACAGCGCGGGCGACAGCGCGGGCGGCCACAACACCGACGCCUUCGACGUCGGCUCCAGCGACUCCAUCACCAUCUCCAACUCCAACAUCCAGAACCAAGACGACUGCCUCGCCAUCAACUCGGGCACCAACAUCAAGUUCACCGGCAACACCUGCUCCGGCGGCCACGGCAUCAGCAUCGGCUCCGUCGGCGGCCGCUCCGACAACGUCGUCAAGGGCGUCACGGUCGAGAACUGCACGGUCAAGAACUCGGACAACGGCGUGCGCAUCAAGACCGUCUCGGGCGCCACCGGCUCCGUCUCGGGCGUCACCUACUCGGGCAUCACCCUCAGCAACAUCGCAAAGUACGGCAUCGUCAUCGAGCAGGACUACGAGAACGGCAGCCCCACCGGCACCCCCACCAGCGGCGUGCCCAUCACCGGCCUCACCCUCAAGAACAUCAAGGGCUCCGUCGCCUCGUCCGGCACCGACGUCUACAUCCUGUGCGCCAAGGGCGCUUGCUCCGGCUGGUCCGGCUCCGGCAUCAGCGUCACCGGCGGCAAGUCCAGCACAAAGUGCUCCAACAUCCCCAGCGGUGCCGGCAUUUCUUGCUGA